AUGCAAGUCUCCAAGCUUCUUCAGAAGCCGCCCCGCUAUGUUGUGGCUAGUAUUCUUUGCUCCUUCGGGGGCUUUCUCUUCGGCAUCGAUACCGGAAUCAUUGGCCCUGUCACCGUAAUGGAAGACUUUGUGAAAUCCGUCGGCAACCCCUCUCCAACAAUCCAUGGUCUGAUCGUCUCUUCUAUCCUGAUUCCUGCUGCAAUCUCUUCAUUCUUUGCUGGCAAGCUUGCCGAUACCCUCGGCCGGCCAACUGGUAUCGCCAUCGGCGCACUCAUCUUCGCCGUUGGUUCCACUCUUGAGGCUGCCGCCGUCCACAUUGGCAUGUUCGUCGCGGGCCGCGUCAUUGAAGGGAUAGGCGAAGGUCUCUAUAUGGGCACCUUGGUCGUAUACAUAUGCGAGAUCUCGCCCCCAAGACACCGCGGUGCUCUGACCUCGGGACCCCAGCUUCUAAUCACCCUAGGCCUGAUGCUUGGAUACUUCACAUGCUAUGGCACCGCUACCAUCGCAUCAUCAAUGUCAUGGCGGUUACCAUUUAUUCUAUUGGCUGCUGUCUCUUUCGUCUUCGCCUCUGUCUCGCUUGUUUGGCUUCCUGCGUCGCCGCGGUGGCUUGUUCUCCGUGGAAGAAACGACGAAGCGACCAAAGCAUGGGAACACCUGGAUGUUCUUGCUGCUGACCGAGAGAAGAUCUUGGAUCAGCUGGACACUCCUAUGGUUGAGGGUACCUAUGCUAAUAUUGGCAAUGAGAGUAGCUCGCAGCAAGGUACUGGGGUGGCGAUACAUUCCAGGUCCAAGAAAUCUACAAUGCCUGAGGUUUUCUCCGCGGAAUCCCGGCCUCGUCUCUUCUUAGCCGUCUUCCUUAUGGGCAUGCAGCAACUGAGUGGUAUUGACGGCGUCCUCUAUUACGCUCCUUUACUUUUCCAGCAGGCCGGACUUUCAUCUAACGAGUCCAGCUUCCUGGCCUCUGGCGUUUCGGCCAUUGUCAUAUUCGCUGUCACCAUUCCUGCAAUCAUCUGGGCCGAUCGCUGGGGCCGCCGCACAAACACGAUAUUUGGUGGUCUCGGCAUGACCUGUACCAUGUUCCUCAUGGGCGGUCUCUACGCCGGAAAUGCUGUACAUCCUGACUCGGGCGCCGGCCGCUGGAUUGUGAUAGUCACGAUUUACAUCUUCACUGUUUUGUACUGCACUUCAUGGGCCGUCGGCAUGAAAAUUUACGCUGCCGAAAUUCAACCACAGAAAACUCGUGCCAGCGCGACAAAUAUAGCGCACGGAAGUAACUGGCUGACAAAUUUUCUUGUCGCGCUAGUUACACCCACACUGCUAGCCAACACAAGCUACGGGGCCUACUUCCUGUUUGGAGCGUGCACCUUGCUUACGGUUGUGGUGUGCUGGGUAUUCAUGCCGGAGACGAGAGGCAGAAAAUUGGAUGAGAUCGAGCAAGCUUUCCAGGCGAGUCAUAUGGUUGGGCUAAAAGAUUCUAUGAAGACAUUUCGCAGAAAAUUUGUAAAGAGACUUCCCGUUGGUGGUGAUGCCUGA